AUGGAUAUAGAAAGCGAGAAUUCAAAUACAACUACUGGUACUAAAAUCCAUGAAACGUCUCUAUCGGACGCUGCUAAGGUAUCCGAAGGUGGUAUCUCAAAGCCAACUGCCCAAGUUGCACCCACUCCUAUUCAGCAGGCGCCUUCAGCUCAGUCUGGUUUGCCAAACUAUUCUCUUUUAAUGACGUUGAAUGGUCAUGAGAAACCUAUAUCCUCUUUGAAGUUUUCGCCUUGCGGUGUCUAUUUAGCCUCAGCUUCGGCAGGUACGACUAUCCGUGUGUGGUUUGUAAACGACGGUAAACCAAUGCAGACAUUUAUUGGACACAAAGUUGGCAUUAAUGAUGUUGCAUGGAGUCAGAACUCGCUUUUCCUUGCCUCUGCGUCAGACGACAAAACGGUGCGAAUUUGGGAGGUGGAGACUGCGAAGUGCAUCAAAAUUUUCAAAGGUCACACUGCUUGCGUAUAUUGUUGCGCAUACCACCCGCAGGGUACGGUGGUCGCCUCGGGGUCGUCCGACAAAACUGUGAAGAUUUGGGAUCUCCGCACAGGACUCUGCAAAAAACUUCUGCCUGCUCACAGCGGUACUGUUUCAGCGGUUUCGUUCAAUCAUGACGGAACCCUACUAUGUUCGAGUUCGUAUGAUGGUCACGUGAGAAUUUGGGAAACCGAGAAUGGUCGGUUUCUGAAGACAGUAGUAGGCCAUGACAAUGUUCCAUUGGGUUUCGUUAAAUUCUCACCGAAUGGCAGGUACAUCUUAGUCUCGAGACUUGACAGCACUCUUAAAUUAUGGGAUUUCAUUGAGGACAAGUGUAUGAAGACUUACAGUGGCCAUGUUAACCAAAAGUACUGUAUAUUUUCGAAUUUCUCUGUGACAGGCGGAAAAUGGAUAGUAUCUGGAUCAGAGGACAAGAAAAUCUACAUCUGGAACCUACAGACGAAGGAAAUUGUUCAGACGAUCGACUGUCAGCAAGAUAUCGUUAUGAUCACCGACUGUCAUCCGAAUCAAAACAUAAUAGCCUCGUCUGGACUUGGGUCAGAUUUUUCAAUUCACCUGUGGAAAAGUGACUUUUAA